CACUGGCGGUCAUUUAAAGGUGAAAGUUCACCCUGACGUGGCCUAGGGAACCUUUGGACGGACGAUCGGACGAUAUUUGCUUUUCAAAAGGGUAUAAAACAUCGCCAAGAGAAGCUGACUCCCACAUGGAUGACGAAAAAGUCGUUCAGCCCAUGAGCACCCUUGAGAGUGACAAGAACAAAGGCUACAUCUUGUCCAGUGCAGACGACCCCAUCAUGUCCAGCAUAUCCAAGAGGAAGCGGCGAGCCGAGGAGUCGCUAGACUCCAUCUACUACGACAAGCAGCCACUGGCCCACUAUGCGCCGGCUCCCUUCACAGAGGAAUUGCCUCCCAGUCUGGAGCCAUGGAAGAGAGUCACUCGGGAGGAGGCGCUCUCUGGGAGAGUGACACGACCAAUCAGGGUGUACGCAGACGGCAUCUAUGACCUGUUCCACGCAGGCCACGCCCGGGCACUGAUGCAGGCCAAGAACCUGUUCCCCAACACCUACCUGAUCGUGGGAGUGUGCAGCGACAACCUGACCCACAGUAUGAAAGGCUACACUGUUCUGUCUGAGACGGAGAGAUACGAGGCCUUGCGCCACUGUCGCUACAUCGAUGAGAUCGUCAGAGAUGCGCCCUGGACCUGCACACCAGAGUUCUUGGAUGAACACAGAGUGGACUUUGUUGCCCAUGACGACAUCCCGUACGGCGCGGCUGGAACCGACGACGUCUACAAGGACAUCAAGGCCAAGGGCAUGUUCAUGGCCACCCAGCGGACAGAGGGCAUCUCCACGUCUGACAUCAUCACGCGGAUAGUACGGGACUACGACACGUACGUUCGGAGAAACCUGGCGCGGGGAUACUCCGCUAAGGACCUGAAUGUGUCCUACAUAAAUGAGAAGAAAUUCGCCAUCCAGAAUCGAGUAGACAAGGUGAAAGACAAGAUGAAGAAGGUGGAGAGUAAAACCAAGCAGGUUGUGCGGAACAUCGAGGGGAAGAGUCACGAGCUCAUCCAGAAAUGGGAGGAGAAGUCCCGGGAGUUCAUCGGGAAUUUCCUCGAGUUCUUUGGUGCAGAUGGAACAUGGAACACGUUCUGGAGGGACGGCACGUCGAUCAUCCGCCAGGCUCUCUCCCCGCCGGCCAGUCCAAACCGGUCGCCACCAGACUCCCCUUCAUCGUCGCGGAGCACGGAAGGGUUCGAUGGCCUGGAGGGCGCAGAGGGCGGCGACCCGGGCGCUGGCGGCAGCGGGAUCGAGUUCAGUGAUUCUGAUUCUGAAGAGGACUGAGCUGUAACAAUCACGGUUGAUGUCUAGCCUUGUGUCCACCCCACCCUGGCUCCUUUCACUCCUCUGUCUGAUCAAUUCUGUGCAGACUAAUCUGGCCACUGUACGUCCCCCAUAGAAACAAAGUUGGGCCUUUUAAAAAUAAUUUCAUCAGGUUGGUAAAAUAUACUGUAGGACAUAGGAGAAUUCUUGUACACAACCAGUUACUACUCACUCUUGCUUACAAUUCCAUGGCUCUCAGACAUCUUCGUC